GUGGCUCCCUGACUCUCCCUCUGCAGUCUGCUCCAGCUCCACCGUGCUGUGCUGGUCUUUUCUUUCUUGACUGAACCAGCCAGGGAAGAUGUCGUCCAACCCGUCCCCAGGAGCAGGGUCUGGACCCGGGACCAAACCCAAAUCCCAGUCCCCCUUCAGGAAGAGGGGCAGCCUGCAGUACUCAACCAGCCCAUUUGACCCCCGUGGUGCCCGCCACCUCCUGACUUCCCAGCAUUCCUUGCCAGGGAUCCCCGUAGCGCUGAAACAGACCAUUGACCUGCGCACCUCCAUGGACGGCAAAUACAAGGAGAUAGCUGAGGAGCUGUUCUCUCGCAGCUUAGCAGAGCGUGAUAUGCUCAGCGCCCCCUAUGAGUUCCCUGAAGACAGUCCCAUAGAACAGCUGGAGGAGAGACGACAACGACUAGAGAGACAGAUCAGCCAGGAUGUCAAAUUAAUCCUUCUGCGAGGCCAACAGGAAUACCUGAAGGAGCAGAGCCAGGCAUUCAUGGACCUGUACCCCAAGGAGAUGGAGCGAGAAGGAGAGAAGGAGUACCAGCGGGUCGCCAUCUCUGGAGAGGAGAAAUGUGGGGUUCCCUUCACAGACCUGCUGGAUGCUGCUAAGUGUGUAGUGAAGGCCUUGUUCAUCAGGGAGAAGUACAUCGGCCUGUCCAUGCAGAGCUUCUGUCGGACCACAGCCAGCUACCUGGAGGAGCUCAGUGACAGACCACUAGAUAUGGGCAUCUACGAGGAGAUACCUGAGACUUCUGUUACUGCAGACUUAGACCAGACGGUCCACCCUCCCGUCUCAGCCACUCACCCCUACGAGAACCAGGACCCUGCCUGUAUGCCUCCUGAUAUAGGCUACGGCUGCAAGAUGGUAAACGGUGUCGUCCACAUCUACACAAAGAAGGACAGCAUGGACACGUCUACAGAGUUGGAGCUGCCCUACCCAGACCUAUCGGAGUACAUCGCUGAUAUGAACGUCAUGACGGCCCUCAUCAUCAACGGACCCGUGAAGUCGUUCUGUUACCGUCGCUUACAGUACCUGAGUUCUAAGUUCCAGAUGCACAUAUUGCUGAAUGAGAUGAAGGAGCUGGCAGCCCAGAAGAAAGUUCCUCACAGAGAUUUCUAUAACAUACGCAAGGUGGACACCCACAUCCACGCCUCGUCCUGUAUGAACCAGAAACACCUGCUGAGGUUCAUCAAGAGGGCCAUGAAGAAGUAUCCAGGGGAGAUAGUGCAUGUGGAGAGAGGCAAGGGACAGACCGACCGUAACACUUUCCAUCGCUUUGACAAGUUCAACGCCAAAUACAACCCCAUCGGCGAGUCCAUCCUGAGAGAGAUCUUCAUCAAGACGGACAACCACGUAGAAGGGAAAUACUUUGGCCACAUCAUCAAGGAGGUGAUGGCUGACCUGGAGGAGAGUAAAUACCAGAACGUGGAGCUGCGUCUGUCCAUCUACGGUCGCCAGAGGGACGAAUGGGACAAGCUGGCCCAGUGGGCCGUCAAACACCAAGUCUACUCUAACAACGUACGCUGGCUGUUGCAGGUGCCACGACUCUUUGACGUGUACCACACCAAGAAGCAGCUGUCUAACUUCCAGGAGAUGCUGGAGAACAUCUUCAUGCCUCUGUUUGAGGUCACCAUCGACCCCGCCAAUCACAGUGAGCUGCACCUCUUCCUACAACACGUGGUGGGCUUCGACAGUGUCGACGAUGAGUCUAAACCAGAGCAACACUGCUUCAACAUGGAGAGUCCUCUGCCAGUCAACUGGACUGAAGAAGACAACCCUCCUUAUGCCUACUACCUGUACUAUAUGUACGCUAACAUGACCGUGCUCAACCACCUGCGCAGGCAGAGAGGUUUCAACACCCUGGUGCUGCGUCCUCACUGUGGGGAGGCGGGGCCUCAGUCAACUACAGCCCCUGUGCUGCAGUACCUGUACUACCUGGCUCAGAUCGGCAUCGCCAUGUCUCCUCUGAGCAACAACAGCCUGUUCCUCAGCUACCACCGUAACCCCCUGCCUGAGUAUCUGUCCAGAGGACUCAUGGUGUCACUGUCCACAGACGACCCUCUACAGUUCCAUUUCACUAAGGAGCCCCUGAUGGAGGAGUACAGCAUCGCUGCUCAGGUGUGGAAGCUCAGCUCCUGUGACAUGUGUGAGCUGGCCAGGAACAGUGUUCUGAUGAAGCGGUUUCUCCCAUAA